UUUUUUUUGUAUUUUUUUUUUGGUUGCUUAUAAUGCAAAAUGCAGAUCUUUACAUGGGAAGUCGACCAUCACGGCAAAGGCGACACUUGCCUACUGCAAUAACGAGUUCUGUAACAGAAAAACGACCAGCGAAUGAACGAGAGAAACGACUGUCAUUAUUAAAAAUGACAUUUGGUAAUGAUUCACAGAAACUUAAAGAUGGCAGUACAAAAAAGACGACAGCAGCCACUUCCAAGCGGUCCAAGGGAUAUGACUUGAAGAAGAGUUCAAAAAGGAAAACUGUCAUUUGGUUCAUCAGUGUACUCUGGUUACUCUUUAUCCUAUUUCGCGUCUUUUUUUCCCUUAAACAACAAAACUUUGGUUAUUUGAGCCUAGUUCACUUUAUAUCCAAUCUGGUGAAUGCACGAGCCACCUAAUUUUUAUUUUGUGUGUAUAUGUGUGUACAUAUAUUUAAAUAGGGGGGGGGCGAGAGAACGAGCGAGCGAUCGAGACAGAGAAGUAGAAAAAAAAGGGGGGGGGGGAGGAUGCUAAAAACUGUAAAUGACGCACUUUCCUUUUUGACAAACAUCGUCAGAAUAUGUACAAAGAUUAUGUUCCACACCCCCCUAAUCUUAAAUAAACUUAAAAAGGACCUCUCUCUUCUCUUCAGUCUGUUUCUCUCUCUCUUUUUCU